AUGGCUUAUGAUGAGCCACGUGCCCUAUUUGUGCUCAUCAUUGUCCUGUUCUAUUUUCUGUCUCCUGAUCCUUUCGGAGCUUCCCAAACAAGACGGCGAGACUUCGACGAUCAAAUUGCAAAGGAAAGAUUCGAUCUACAAGUCUUGAAUAAUUCUAAUUACGCAUCAUUCGACCCAUCCCAUGAUGGGUGGCUGAACUUGACUGGGCUGAGAAAGCAUGAUGGUUUCGCUUGGGAUCUGCUGCCCAAGGUUCAAAGUAGAGCGAAAGAGCAACGACAGGCAGUUAUUCCGGAUCUCUCCAUGAGCUGGUUGAACCAGAGCGAGACAGAAAUCGCUCUUACGGCAGAGGCGCAUUCAAGCCGACAAGAAAUCUCUGAUACUCUGUACAGAAACAUCACCGGAUUCUUACGCGGUGAAUGGAUUCGCUCGGAAGUGGAGGAGAUACAUUACACUCGAGCUAUCAAUUUGACGGCUUUAGUGCCUAACGCUGCAUACAAUACGCAGAAAUUAAGCCGUAAUAUCACGGGCCCGAGCGGCGACCUCAAUGUCAAACUGAGCGAGCAGAGCAGUGAACACUCGGCAGGUGUAGAUCCAAACAUUGUUCAGAAGAUCAAGGCAGAAGUUGAGAUCCAGGAUGAGACUUCUGGCAGUAAUGGCUGGAUUACCACGAUGUAUGGCUUUCAUCUCGUCCAAAAAGGCUCUAUAGUCCUGUCUACGACCAGCGAGAAAUUCGCUGGUGUCUUUGCCUUACCACACUUUGCACUUUCGGCAGGAGCAUUUGAGCCUGCCCGUCAAAUGCUGAUAGCGGGCCUCAACAAGACCAUAGAUACACAGGAAGCAUCUGCUAGUGUAUUCAAUCCAUGGAGCUCUGCGCCAGAUGCUUCUACGGAUGUGCCAUCUCUUACGCCACAUUGUGAAUGUCUAGUAUAUUUACAGCAACAUCCUUCGGAUGCUAGGGGUACUUCGUUACAAGCAAUCGAAGCUGAAUUGAGGAAUCCGACAGGGGCGAAUCUACCCUCGGCUCCUCUCAUACACAUGUCUGCUCUUAUAUUCUCCCCAGAUUGCGGAUUUAUUCUUGAGUCAAAAAGCCAUGCCAAAUAUCCAGCGGAGGGAAUGCACCUAGUCGGUAAGAAACUUGAAAGCUACACCCAGCAAGCCAGGAUGGUCAUACAGCUACUCGCCGUCAUUGUAUUUUCGCAGGUGCUGGUGCUCAAAAAACAAAUGAAUGAAACCUCUACUCCUUCAAUGAGCAGUAGAAUCAGCUUAAAUACCGCUUUUGUGUUGGUUCUUGGAGAUGGGUUUGCUUUUGGGAGCUUUGUCUUUGCAAGUCUCUUUGUUGAGGGGCUUUUUCUGCCCUUGAUUGUCACGGCCUUUUUGGCCUUCCUUGGUGUCAGCUUUUUCGGCAUGAGGUUCCUGAUGGACAUCUGGAAGGCUCAAAUGCCCGAACGGCAAGAGCGAGAACGAGAGAGGCAGCGACUCCGUGAACAACGAAAUGCUGUAAUUCCACUAGCCCAAUCCCUUGAUCCGGCUUCAAAUCCGUCCACAUUCGCGUCCAACUCAGAUACACUUCCUCUACCGGUCACGGCUCGUCGCCCGCCUGAUAGGCCGUCAACGCCUAUCAUAAUCACCCCAGACCAGGAUCUGGACGCUGCAGAAGCUGAAGAUGCUGCAUUGGUGGCUACAACCACCACAACUGCUACUGGAUCUGCCCGCCGGGAGAUGGGCGCAUUGUAUACAAGAUUCUAUUGCCUUCUUGUCAUCUUACUGCUUCUCUCUUUGCAUGCUACUUCCUGGCCAAAGCUGCUCAGAAGUCUCUACUGCAACCUCUUGGUUUUGGCUUACCUCUCUGUCUGGGUCCCGCAAAUCUAUCGAAAUGUCAUGCGAAACUGCCGCAAAGCACUUUCCUGGCAUUUCGUUAUUGGACAGUCACUUCUUCGCCUCGCGCCUUUCGCUUACUUCUAUACUCAGGAAGACAAUAUUCUUCACGUCCAACCUGAUUCGCAUGAAUUUCUGGUGCUGCUGGCUUGGAUAUGGUUGCAAAUUUUCAUUCUUGGGACCCAAGAAGUUGUAGGCCCUAGGUUCUUUGUGCCAGAUGGAUGGGCACCAACAGCUUACGACUACCACCCAAUCUUGCGUGAGGGGGAUAGUGAGACUGGUGGGAAUAUGCCUGUUGGGUUUUCGGAAGCCAUAGCGAGCCCUACAUCACCGAUGGCUACCCCUUUUCCCAACAUCAACAAUCAAGGAACAGGACAGAGUAGGACGAAAAGCGGCGAUCAACGGACUUUCGACUGUGCUAUUUGCACGGAGACCCUUGAUGUUCCUGUCAUACCUGCUGAAGACCGCGAGGGAUCGAAGGCGUCUUCUACUGGGGCGACUACGAUCUUCGCAAGAAGAGCAUAUAUGGUCACGCCUUGUCGGCACAUUUUCCAUUCUGCUUGUCUGGAAGGCUGGACGCGGUAUAGACUCCAAUGUCCGAUAUGUCGGGAGGGUCUCCCUUCUCUAUAG